AAGCUUUUUGUGCAAUCCCACCUCCUCUAGCUAGGCUUGGUUAGAGUCUGCCUAGCCGUGGCCCCGCCCACUCCAUCAGUCCAAUCAGCUCGUGUUCUCCCUCCACCUGCCCAAUCACUCCCUCCCCAUCCAUUCAUCGCCUCCUCCUGCCCAAUCACAUCUGCUUCUCUACCAAGGCUCCGCCCCCAAGACCCUGCCCCCCUCAGCCCCGCCUCCCUGUCCAAUGCUCAGCUCAGUGUGCGUCUGGUCGUUCAGCGGGCGCCAGGGGACCCGCAAGCAGCAUUCUCAGCCGGCGCCAACGCCGCAGCCGCCUGAGUCCUCACCGCCGCCUCUGCUACCGCCGCCGCAGCAGCAGUGCGCUCAGCCCGGCACCGCCGCCUCCCCGGCGGGUGCCCCGCUUUCCUGUGGGCCUGGGGGCCGGCGCGCCGAGCCAUGCUCCGGGCUGCCGGCGGUGGCCAUGGGGCGGCACGGCGGCGGCGGCGGCGACAGCGGUAAGAUCGUGAUCAACGUGGGCGGCGUGCGCCAUGAGACGUACCGCUCCACGUUGCGCACCCUACCGGGGACCCGGCUGGCCGGGCUGACCGAGCCCGAGGCGGCCGCGCGCUUUGACUACGACCCGGGCACGGACGAGUUCUUCUUUGACCGUCACCCGGGCGUCUUCGCCUACGUGCUCAACUACUACCGCACCGGCAAGCUGCACUGCCCGGCCGACGUGUGCGGGCCGCUCUUCGAGGAGGAGCUGGGCUUCUGGGGCAUAGACGAGACGGACGUGGAGGCCUGCUGCUGGAUGACCUACCGCCAGCACCGUGAUGCCGAAGAGGCACUGGACUCCUUCGAGGCUCCGGACUCCUCGGGCAACGCCAACGCCAACGCCGGAGGCGCCCAUGAUGCGGGCCUGGACGACGAGGCGGGCGCAGGAGGUGGCGGCCUGGACGGGGCAGGCGGCGAGCUCAAGCGUCUGUGUUUUCAGGACGCGGGCGGAGGUGCCGGAGGACCUGCCGGAGGCCCGGGCGGCGCGGGCGGCACGUGGUGGAGGCGCUGGCAGCCCCGCGUGUGGGCGCUUUUUGAGGACCCCUACUCGUCGCGGGCCGCCAGGUACGUGGCCUUCGCCUCCCUAUUCUUUAUCCUCAUCUCCAUCACCACCUUCUGCCUGGAGACACACGAGGGCUUCAUCCACAUCAGCAACAAGACGGUGACGCAGGCCUCUCCAAUCCCUGGGGCUCCCCCGGAGAAUAUCACCAAUGUGGAGGUGGAGACGGAACCCUUUUUGACCUACGUGGAAGGCGUGUGUGUGGUCUGGUUCACCUUUGAGUUUCUCAUGCGGGUCACCUUCUGCCCGGAUAAGGUGGAGUUUCUCAAAAGCAGUCUUAACAUCAUCGACUGUGUAGCCAUCUUGCCCUUCUACUUGGAAGUGGGCCUGUCAGGUCUCAGCUCCAAAGCUGCCAAGGACGUGCUGGGCUUCCUGCGCGUCGUCCGCUUCGUGCGCAUCCUCCGUAUCUUCAAGCUGACCCGCCAUUUUGUGGGCCUGCGGGUCCUGGGCCACACGCUCCGUGCCAGCACCAACGAGUUCUUGUUACUCAUUAUUUUCCUGGCUCUGGGGGUCCUCAUCUUUGCCACCAUGAUCUACUAUGCCGAGCGCAUCGGGGCCGAUCCUGAUGACAUCCUGGGCUCCAACCACACCUACUUCAAGAACAUCCCCAUCGGCUUCUGGUGGGCUGUGGUCACCAUGACCACACUGGGCUAUGGUGACAUGUACCCCAAGACAUGGUCUGGGAUGCUGGUCGGGGCACUGUGUGCCCUGGCUGGUGUGCUGACCAUUGCCAUGCCGGUGCCCGUCAUUGUCAACAACUUCGGCAUGUACUAUUCACUGGCUAUGGCCAAGCAGAAAUUGCCAAAGAAGAAAAACAAACAUAUCCCCAGGCCCCCGCAGCCUGGCUCACCCAACUACUGCAAGCCCGAUCCCCCGCCUCCGCCCCCACCACACCCCCACCACGGCAGCGGUGGCAUCAGCCCACCACCGCCCAUCACCCCUCCUUCCAUGGGGGUGACUGUGGCUGGGGCUUACCCACCUGGACCCCACACGCACCCCGGGCUGCUUAGGGGUGGUGCUGGGGGACUGGGAAUUAUGGGAUUGCCUCCUCUGCCAGCCCCUGGUGAGCCCUGCCCACUGGCUCAAGAAGAGGUGAUUGAAACCAACAGGGCAGACCCCCGUCCCAAUGGAGACCCUGCAGCAGCUGCACUGGCUCAUGAGGACUGCCCCGCCAUUGACCAGCCAGCCAUGUCUCCAGAAGACAAGAGCCCGAUCACUCCCGGAAGCCGGGGUCGCUACAGCCGGGACCGAGCUUGCUUCCUUGUCACAGACUAUGCCCCUUCCCCCGAUGGCUCCAUCCGAAAAGGUUACGAGAAGUCCCGCAGCCUGAGCAGCAUUGUGGGCCUGAGCGGGGUGUCCCUGCGCCUCGCGCCCCUCGCCACCCCCCCUGGCUCUCCCCGGGCCACGCGCCGAGCUCCCCCGACCCUGCCCUCCAUCCUCUAGCGCUGUCCUCCCCCCUGUGGGGGGACUGGGGGUGAUGGGAAGGUGAAAAGGAGCUGGGAGAAGGGGUGGGGAAAGGGUUAUUUAAAAAAAAAAGUUAAUAAUAUGCAAAAGAUGAUGCCAGCAGACACCCCCGGGGCCUCUCACUCCCCAUAUAGUAGAGAACCCAGGAUAGAGGGGGCGGGGCCGGAGCCUGUACCCCCACAACUCCCUCCCCUUUCCCCCCCCAAAAAAUGCAAACCUCAGGUCUCCAUGAGCCAUAGGACACCCCUCCCAUCGACUCCUGUAAAUAACUAAAAGCCGAUUCCAUCUUGGGGCACCCACUCCAGUUUGCAUGCCUCUCCGACCCCCCUCUUCAGCAAUAAGCCGCCAGGAGCUGCGUGCAGAGAGUUGGAGGGGAGGCUGCUGGGAGCCUCUGGGGUCGGGGCUAGCAUUUUAGGGGUCUUCCUGGAUACCCCGCCAAAAGGCAACCCACCCACCACUAAUUGAUUCAGGAAAAACAAAAACCUCUAGGAACACGUAGGAAAAGGAAGACAGGUUAAUCAGCUGCAACCCCGAGGAGCUCAGCGUGGGGGUGGGGGUGGGGUUCUGCCAGCUGCUCUUGGGCUUGGAGGACGCCAGCUGGUGCAUUCCACCCACGCCCGCCUCCAGAGAUCUGCUCCCUCUAUUCGCUGCAUGGACUUGGCCCUCCAGGCCCAGAACCCUCUCUACCCAUUGCAGUCUCCACUCUAUCCCAAUGUGAGACUAGUACCCUAGACUUACGGAGAUAGAACCUGGCACCCUGCACUCCCAUACCCCACGGACUCCGGCGCCCCACACUUCCCACCUCCAUCACUCCAUCCCCCACUGGCCUGGACUGCACCACAGAGUUCUUCCACCCUUUCCUUGCACCCCAGCUCACUUCCAGCCAUUGGGGUUCUGACAGUCCUCAAGACCCUGACAUAUCUAGACACCCCCAUAUCCUCAAGCCUCCCCCAACCCCAGACAGCCCCAACCCUCUGAUAUCACAUUUCUCUGUCCUGGGCGCCUCUGACGCAAGACCUUCCGGGACAAGCUCUGAUUCCAGGGAGCUCCCACCCCAUUCCAGCAUCGCUGUCUAGGCAGCCCCCUCCUCUACGCUUCCCCCCCCCCCAUGGUGCCAAAACACAUUUUCUUCAUGGCCACCAGAGUUUCCCAGAGCGUGGGACUCCCGUUCCCUCUUCGCAUGCUGAACUUUGCAGAGUGCACAGACGACCAAGUGUUUUAAAAUUGUGUACUCUUCGCAAGCUCAUACCCGGCUGGUGCGUCCUGGCAGCGUAGCAGUUGGGCGUUGCCAUUGAAAGCAAGUCAAGGACAGGAUGGGACCCAAUGCUAAAAGCGCUGGCUUAAUGUGCUAAGGUCCCAGGGUUCAAUCUCCAGCAAUCCCUCUUUGCCCGACCGGUGGGAAAAGAGGACACGCCCACCUCGGCUAGGAUCUUAGCCUGCCCUUCCCAGCUUCCUUGCCCACCGCGUGCCACAUUCGCGGGUGGAAAACUUUCUCAAAUCUCGUCUUGGCUCCAGGAUGCUACCUCCCCUAAGCCCAGAGACCACACUGGUCCCAGAAUCCUUAGUGAACUUCCCCUUUUGGAGCUGGGUGGUCGGCAGAAUUAGCAAUCCCUUGUUCCCACCGCCUCAGGGAAACCUCCCGCUGUCACCAGAGUUGUCGGUGGGGGUGUCCUUGGGCCCAAUUCUUGAUGCAACAAUUCCUAUGCAAGGGACAUUUUGAGUCCCUCCCGCACUCCCCGCCUUCCCUCGGGACCUUAAACCCUGGUGAGACAGGGGUUGAGGAGUGGGGUGGGAUCUGGUAGGGGCAGGGCAAAGGGCUAGGGGACUCUAGACACCAGGGUAUGGGGUGAGGACUCCUAAUAUUGCCAAAGGAUUCAACUUAUUUAAACAACCCCUAUUACCCCCCCCCCCGUCCCUCAAAAGAGCGAAUGGGGCGGGGAAAGGGGUAAGAGUCCUUUUUGAAGGGUACCAACCACUUCCCACUGUUUCACCCUGUGCUCUCCAGUCCCCUACACAUAUCCAGCUUUUUAGUUAAGCAUUUUUAAAAAGCUACAGUUCAUUAUAAACGUCUACAAAACGUGAUUUUUGCCCCUCCACAUUUCCCAAUUUACCAAACAGUGUGGGAUUCGGGGAGGGAGAGCCAGUCCUGGUCUCCCUUUUCCCCACGGCCGCCAGGGUGCCUGCAACUGCACGCAUGCGCUGCAUGACGCGCCCCCCCACAUACACACGCAUGCGUCGCGCACCCCUCCUGCGCUGGGGGGGGACGCACGGACUUGGGGGCGGGGCGAUGGGGAGGAAUGAUUGGCAGAGGGGAAGGGGGUUUUUCUGAGCUCAAUGGCUCCUCUCCUUCCCCACACACUCAACAGCAAUAAGUUUCUCUACUUCAAGUGGGCGGACGGGCCUAGCCUGACCUGGCGCGGGAGGGGCUGGCCAAGGGGCGCUCUCAGGGAUGGGGGCGGGUCCUGAGUCUGGGGGAGGGGAGGUCUGCAACUCUGGUGCUAAUGGCGGGUCUUCCUGGCCCACCCGCAGGCAGGGAGGAAGGAGUCGGCAGGCUCCUCCCCCAAGCCUCCCCCACGCCCACCCAGGGUGCAUGAACCACCCACGCAGAAGCUGCCGCAUGUCAACCCUCCCCCCAACAAAGAAACAGUGUCAUGCCCCUCCCCACCUGCCCUCCCACUCCCCAGCCCAAUAAAUGAUUCCUUUUCAUUUACAAA